AUGCUCAUCUUCUUCUUCUUAAUAUCUUUUUCACUGCUCUUUUCACUGACUCAUCAGAAUGUUCCUCCACCAAAGCAAACUGAUUUGCAAUUGGUCACCGAAGACUUUCUGACACUCGCCCGUAUCACAAACGCAAUUUUUCUUCAAGCGUCUUUGAUUCGGAAGAAUCUAGAUGUUCGGGAAACUAUUACGGAACUUCUGAAGCUUGACUCAACACAUUUUUCUGGUAUCGUUGAUGUUGAUGCUCAAUUGGCUAUUUCGAGAAUCGAAAAUCUGAGAAAGGAUUACCCAUCAAUGUGGAAAAGAAGGCUCACACCUGAACCUCCUUUUGUAGAAAUUUCGAGAGAUCUGAAGAGUUUAAAGAAGAUUCAGGAGGUACCUCUUGAUUCAAAUAUAUCGGCUGAUGACGUAAACAAUGGCGUUGUUGGUGCAGCAGGGAACUUAUCUGAAUUGGAAACAAAGUGUCAAGAGUCGACGCUCGACGAAUUAACUGAAAUAAUAGAGACAUACACCUACCAAGAACGAAACAUUAAAGAGAGUGAAGCUCCCAAGGAAUUUGAUUUUGUCGAGGGAAAGUUGGAAUACUUUAUAGAGUGUAUGGAAUAUCAUCACAACUAUUCUGCGAUUCUCGACAAUCCGACUUUUUGGAAUGACUACUCGAAAUAUGAGUCAACUUACGACGCCGUUUCCAAUGUUUUAAAAUAUGUUAAUGUCAUGAUCAAGCACACUUCAACACUGAAAGUAGAGUUAGAGAUAAGUAAGAGUCUCAGAAAUAAUUGGGAUAAAACUGGAACUACUGGUGCUCAAAUUCAACAAGUUUUCGAUAAUCACAUCAGACAAAUGCAACGUUUUGAGCCAAAACCUCCAGUGUUAACUGUUGCCUUCGGAGAACCCAAAGAGAUACUACGGAUUGACGAUGAUCUGAAAAGUCCUUGGUUUCAAAAACACUUUGUUCGGGGAUCCCAGGCAGUCAAGAGCCUAUCGAAAUCUUUGGAACCACUCGGGUCAAUAUACGAACCGAUUCAGAAACUAGAUGAUGCAUAUCAACAGUUCAGAACAUUUGGCAGAAAUAGAAGUAAUGAGGAAACCAUAAAAAAGACGGCAUUCGCUUUGACGACACUCGAGAAACUUGCCGCCGAGAAAAGGAAGCCACCGACACAUGAUGACAUUGUUGAUAAUUCCAAUAGGAUUCUGACAGAAUGUCUGUCAACUAAUCAACCGGAUGCAGAUUUCGAUUCGACGUUUAAAGAGUUUGAAACUCAAGAAAAGGAUUUAAUUACUGUCUUGAAAAACAUUGUGAAGGUUAGAGAAGACAUCGAGAGACAUGAAAAAACGGAAAGCCUUAGAAAGCGUUACAUGGACGCUAAUAAAAACUGUUUGAUGACUCUUAAAAAAACAAUGAACUCGUUGAAAAAAAGAGAACCGGAUUUGGUCGAAGCGAUGCACGUCUCAAUCGAACGAUUUCGUGAAUGUACCGGGGAAAGUCUAGAAUUGUAUGAUCUUUUUGAUAUGUACCUUGAUUCGGUUAAACUUUUGAAAAAACUUCGAGAGAGUGUAGAGGCAUUUCAAGAAGAAGUGAAAAGAAGAGCUGGAAACGAAUUGGUCAAAUUCAAUGAGGUUCUGAAAAAAUCAAAAGUAAAUGAAAUGGUGAAUUGUCUCAAAAUCAACGGAAUCAAUGAGGGAACCUCCAAUAGUGUACGGGUGAGAAGAGUUUCGAGGUCCGAGACGAAGAAGGGCAGUCUUAGAGUGGGCCAGAGAACAAAAGGUUUUCAUGCCGAAAAUCUCAACGAUGGUCUCAUUGUUGCUAAAACUUUCGGUAGUUUCCUGAAUGUUGAUCUCGAAUACACAUCACGCUAUUUGAAUGUUGUUAUUAAUAUCCAAACUGCUCUGAAAACAGUUGAAGACAGUUUUCACGUUGCUGAAAAUCGAACAAAACGAGCUGCCGUGUCUGGAGUGGCCUCUAAUCCUGUAUUGUCUUUGAAUAACUCAAAAUUGCACUCUGAAAACUUAGGAAUUUGUACUGUUGCUCUUUUGAAUAUGGUGGAGGUUCAAUCUAAAAGAGAAGAUUUGAAGAAAAUCGAAAAGUUUGAUACAGAAAUCAGGGAUGAAAUGAAAUAUGCUGGUGCUCUUUUGAGAAACUUCAGGGAUCCUGAGGAUUCGAUAAAAGAAAUACUGAAGAAGACUGAUCAAGUUAAUAAGCUUGCUAAACAAUGGAAAGAUGAAGAUCCAUCAAAAAUGGCGGAAAUUUUUUAUCACGUUGCUGGAAUCGAUGGAAUUAUUGGAAACCGAGAAGGCUUAGCGAAGCUUCUUUAUGAACAUCGAAGGGACCCAGUCUUCAAAGACGCUGCUCCUAAGUUAAAUACUCUAAUAUGGUUGAACCUGGAUUUUCAAACUUACAAGUCUCGAUUACUAGAUGGACGGUUCACAGUCAUUACUUUGAAAAAGUAUUUCGAUGAAAUAUUUGGUCAUAGUUUCAUGGACAAAGUGAAUGGAGAAAACGCUCUACUCGGCUCGAUACAUGAGAUCAACAAGACGAAUAUGUUGAUUGCAUUAAAGAGGGGAGUGUAUAUCAAUGCAUAUAACAAAUUUGGAAAUACUGCUCUCCAUUCUGCAACAAAAGCAGGUCAUCCAGAACUCGUGGAUGCUCUAAUUCGCCACGGAACCGAUCGAACUCUGCUGAAUGUCGAGAACCGUACUCCUGAACAAAUGAUUCCGUUCAAGUUCCAAAUAUUGUUUCCUGAACGAGCGGAGAGAUACGAACAGAUACAGAAUAUUUACAAGAAAUAUCAGAAGAAGAAAUACAAGAUUCGAGUUCCAGAAGUGUUCCCAUUGACUUCGUAUCGUAUUUGGAUUGAGGAUCGGACCGAUGACAAGUUGACGAAUCAGUUCAUGGACGUAUUCCAGUCGAUUACAUCGAUUGAAGCAUCAGCACUGACAACUCAUUGUGUUAUGAAGACGGAUGAGAAUGGAGUUCUCGUAACUGAUAAUACAAAUCUUCUUUUCUGGAUUUUCAAUGGUUCAAUUAUUGUGAAAGAGCAAUGGAUGAUUGAUUGUAUUCAAGAUCAGAAACUAAUUCAACAGGAUUUCAAAUAUCUCAUUGAAAAAGUCCAAUUCAAGGGAGUUCUCUACGAUACUGUACUUCAAUGGUCAGAAGCAAUGGCAAAAGGAGAUGUUCCCUAUCUCUACGGAGUGCAAGUCGCAAUUGCCAUGAAGGCAUGCAGUAAUAUUGUCACCCUUUCUGCUCUCAUCACCAAUCACGGAGGUAUCCUGUUGGAUCAGUUUCCAGACAAAAGCAACUAUAACUCGGGGUCUCAUCCGUAUAUGCAUUCUCAUCUCGGACCACUUUUUGUUCUUCAUGAUGGAGAGACUGAUUUGAGCAAAUUCAAAAACGAUAAAAUGUUCACAUUAUUCACGGAAGGCGAGUUCAUUGCGUUCAUGUUGAGAAGAGAUAUCAAGAAAGAUUCGAGUGAAAACCCCAUUUGUGUUUUGAGAGAACAAGAAUAA